AUGUCCAUUUCAUUACCAGUCGGGGGCGGAGCCUUCACCCCGUCUUCACUGUUCUACAGAUUUAUGCUGUCAUUAGGACGCAUAGUUAUGAUUUAUGACUGUAUUCUUUCCACUAAUCUAACCGAAAAUAGAUAA